CCUUCCAACUUCCAAGGGCCAGCAUGACCCAAAACCUCGUUGUGCUUCAUGAUCAUCUUCUUAAAUUCGACAAGACUUCUAGGGUUUUUCUAUUCCUUCCGCCGAUUUUUGCAAAAUUAGUCUCUAAAUCUCAGCCAAGCCAUGGCUUGUUAUUACUGUUGAUGAUAUUCAUAAUUUUUGUAAAACAUUUAAGUAGCAAGAAAGGCAUAUCCUUUUAAACGGUAAUAUUUCCUGACGGUAGAAGAAAAGCUGUACACCACUUCCAGUAUCAAUUGCUUCAUCUGAUCAUCUUUGAAGAUCUGAUUAUGAUGGCUCAUUGCAAACGAGAAGGUCAUCAUCAGGAUGGAGAUGCACUUGCAAAGAAGUCCAAAGUUGCUGACCCAAGUGCUGAAAGUGACAAGGAACAAUUGACUUUAGAUAGCCAUGUACCAGUGAAUGAUCAUCUAACUUCAGCUGAAAAAAAUGGUCAUAAGGGAAGCAAUGAUGAACAGGUUGACUCUAGGGAUCACAGUGAUAAUGACAAGCAUGACCUCAAUUCAACAUCAGAAGAUAAAGCUUUAUGCAACCCAGGAGUCCCAAAGCUACAGGUGGGGAAUUUAUCCAGCAUUGAAGCUGAUGCUGCCGAGGACAAGGGCUCUCGGCAUGCAAUGGAAGAUGCUUGGGUGGUCCUUCCAGAUGCAAGCUUGGACUUUCCUGGACAAUUAAGGUGUGCUCAUUUUGCAAUCUAUGAUGGACAUGGUGGUCGCCUGGCUGCUGAAUUUGCACAGAAAAAUCUACAUCCAAAUGCUCUUUCAGCUGGCUUACCACGUGAGUUGAUGGAUAAAAAAGCUGCAAAACGAGCUAUCCUUGAAGGUUUCCGGAGAACGGACGAAUCAUUACUUCAAGAAAGCACUAAAGGAAACUGGCAAGAUGGUGCAACAGCUGUGUGCCUUUGGAUCCUGGGGCAAACAGUUCUAGUUGCUAACCUUGGAGACGCUAAGGCAGUAUUGGCCCGAUCUUCUAAUGAAUCCCAUCAGUCAACAAGUGAAGCAGGAUCUACAUUAAAAGCUAUUCUCUUGACAAGAGAACAUAAAGCCAUUUAUCCACAGGAACGUGCUCGAAUUCAAAAGGCUGGUGGUUCUGUGGGAGCCAAUGGACGGCUGCAAGGUCGCCUUGAGGUCUCUAGAGCCUUUGGAGAUCGCCAAUUUAAAAAGGUGGGAGUCAUUGCGACCCCUGAUAUUCAUUCCUUUGAGCUUACCGAAAAGGAGCAAUUCAUCAUCCUUGGUUGUGAUGGCCUAUGGGGGGUGUUUGGACCAAGUGAUGCUGUUGAUUUUGUUCAGAAACAGCUGAAGGAGAAAUCUUCCGCAACCAUGGCAGCUCGCUGCCUCGUGAGAGAAGCUGUUCGUGAGCGACGUUGCAAAGAUAACUGUACGGCCAUUGUCAUUGUUUUCCGGCACAAUUAAUUCGCUUUGAAUUUUGCAUGACUUCACCGAAACAAAGCAAGGACAUAUAUAUGGUGAAAUUACCUGCCGGUUGUUAAGUUUGCUGAUGAUUUUCAACUGGUGGUUUCGGCUUUAUGAUGUACUUGCUAAAUGUUGUUGCAUUGGGCAAAUUAGUGCUAAAACUUAUGUUUAUCGAGUAAUUUACUGUAAAAUAUUAAAAUCUUUGUUUCAGGGCUC